CAUUUGUAUCGGACGAGUCGUUGCUGGAUAACCUCGCGCCAAACAUUUAAGCGAGAAAAUCGGCAUCGCGUUCCACAGCCGCCUUCGUUGCAAUUCGUCUCGAUUCGCGCUUGUCAGGUCCAAUCUUGUUGUCCGCCACAAUUCGCGAUAACCUUCGCGAGAACUUGCCAAAUCCGAGAAGAUCCGAGAAGAAUCCGUUUUAAAAUCGCGGACACUCGUUCGCGCGCCUCGCGCCGAUUCAGAUACGUUGAAGACGCAUUCGGGAUCAUCCGCAUGAACGCAACGGACAUCCGCUUCAAAAGAUGGACGCCCGCGGUGCCCCGCAAAAUACCGGACAACAUCGUGUCCUCGAGUUACACGACGACGAGAGUAUUCGUGCCGUCUUAUGAAAAAGAAAGACGUCCUUGCAUCGAACAAUUACUCACGAACGAUUAUCAGCGUAUUUGGUGGCAGGAGAAACAGGCUUGGGACAAGACCAUAACUGCUCGAAAACCGAUUACAAAAAUACUACCUCGUAUGAUGGUUAAAAGAAAAGUACCGACAUGCGUGACCGUUAAAUAUCUAACAAGAACGGAACGAUUGAAGAAAGGAAGAAAGGAAGAUUUAAAGAAAAGAUUCAAUUCUAAAGUUGAAGAAGAAUCAAUCUUUACUGCAAAACAUGACGAUACGAAAUUAAACGAAUGUGAGGAAACGAAAUUAGAAGAGCCCGAGGAAUUACAUAAGGAACAUGAAGAAGCGAAAUCGGAAAAAUGCGAAGAAAUUAAAUCAGAGAAAUUCGCGGAAACGGGAUCGGAAAAACAUGAAGAAACAAAAAGAGAAAAAUAUGAGGAUACUAAAUCGGAGAAAUCCGUGGAAACUAGAUUAGAAAAACGCGAAGAAACAAGAGACAGAUACGAGGACGUUAAAUCAGAAACAUAUGAAGGAAUAAAAUUAGAAAAAUCCGAAGAGAUAAAAUCAGAGGAACACGAAGAAACGCAAUUAGAAAAUAACGAAGAUACAAAAACAGAAAAAUACGAAGAAAUAAAAUCAGAAAACGGGAAAUAA